AUGUCUGCCUCGUCGAGGAAUCGCACAGCAAAAAGCUCUGGCGGGUCGUCGACCGCGAGAGGAGACCGCAACCAAGACGUCACAACCAUGCCACCAGUGGGCGGUGGUCGCCUGACUGUCAGUUAUGAUGCUGGUCAAGUUGCGAUUGUAUGGGAUUUGAUGACUGGCGAUGAAGUCGCCCGGUUCACAUCAUACGAGACAUUGACUGCUGCGGCUUGGAUGCGCAAUGGCAAUGUGGCUUUUGGCGAUACGCAGGGAAACAUAAUUCUCUUUGAACCAACAACAUCCCAAGCCCUUUCCUCAAGAACUCCUAAUCAAAUUGCAGUGACCGCCCUCGCGCCAUCUUCUGACUGCCGAACGUUUGCAAUUGGAUACCAGAAUGGGUCUCUGCUGGUCGCAACGUUACAACCCAGUUUCACUACCCUCCACAACUUGACGACGUCAAGGGCACCGUCGCCCAUCGUAACACUAGCCUGGCAUGCAUCGUCAUCGCGUCAAAAGUCAAAUAUGCUGGCUGUACAGACCCAUGAUGGAGACCUUCGUGUCUGGAGCGUUGCAAAGAGCUAUAGCGCAGGCGAACCAGCAAAGGUGGUCAGAAUCCUGCGUCGGAGAGAGAGCUCUGUGGCUGGCCCCAACUGGAUGGGCUGGUCCAAGAAUGGCCGAAUCAUUCAGUAUUCAGACUCGGAAACUCUUUCGUGGGACGUGCGGACCAAGCAUGUCACAUUUGACUCGAUCCCUACUCUAGAACACGUCAGAGGCUUGGCGGUUUAUGGUCCCGGAGCAUCUCUAUUCACGGUGGGACCAAACGGGACAGUGCAACAAUUUGAUCUCAACUCACCAUCCAUCAUGGUCGCAAAGAAUCAACAUCCUGCAAACCAUCUCCCACCAUCACCACCCAACUCUGUCGAGGAACUCGGUGGCAAAACUGCCAACUCUGUGACAACGAUUCAUACCUCGGAGUCGGAAUCUAGCUCGGUUCCCUUUGAAAUCGGUGUUUCAGAAAGUGACGAAGACCAAGCGUCACCAUUUGUUCGUUUCUCGCGUCGGCCCCACGUUGACUCUUCAGGAGGUGAAAUGUCUUGUGAAUCUGCGAGUCUGGUCUCUAGUCGAAGCGGCUUAUCAUCUCUGUCCAAGUCAUCCGCAAGCUCUCGUACACCAAACCAUCACCAAGGCUCUGUGAGAUCCAGGGGCAUGACUGAAUACACUUUUAUAUCGGCAGGUUCUUCGCUCAAGUCAUCAAACGUGGGACGAGACGACCUGGACAACUAUUCUUUGGGAUACUCUCUGCCUUCGAGCGUGCCUUCCAUGACUUCAUCCCGUCCGAGGCAUCGGCCGUCUCGUUUGAGGCAUGAAGUGCCAAGAAGUCCUGACGACAACAGAGUACACGACUUGUUCAAGUUCACACGCACCCGGCUGAGUGACAUCCCCUACAAGCACCCGAUGAAUGCCGAUCCUUCCCGUCUGACAAACGAUGACCUAAGGAAGCAGAUGCUGAGCACGAUAUUCGGAUGGCAUGGGUCUGUUGAGGAUUUGAUCCGGGACGAAAUGAGCCGUCAUCCAGCAGGAUCCGCCAAUCGCAUUCUGUUGGCCAAGUGGCUCGGUGAUAUGGAUGCAGACGUCAUGGUUGGCAGCUCCGAGAACAUGACCUCGUCAGACUGGAUGCUUCUCGCCCUGAGCGGCAUUGGUGGGCAGCCAUCACAGCACAAGCUUGGCCGUGCCUACGUGCAGCGGCUGCUCGAGAGCGGUGACGUGCACGCUGCCGUGACCAUCAUGCUCGGUAUGGGAGACAACAACGACGCGAUUGAAAUUUACAUCUCCCACAAGCGAUACAUGGAGGCGUUGAUCCUCACCUGCAUCGCUUUCCCCAGCGUCUGGGAACGCCAAGCCGCCAUUGUCCGUAAAUGGGGCGAGUGGGCUGUGCAGCGUGGCCAACAGCAAUUAGCCAUCAGAUGUUUUGCCUGUACGGAUCAGGAGUCCAGCGAACCAUGGACCUCUCCCUCAGCCGCCCAACUAACCUUCCAGAGUAUUGACCGCAGCAUUCCCGAGACCCUGAGCCCUCCCCUGUCUCCUCCCGAUGUGCAACGGGGUCCUCGACGAAGCGUUGCCAAGACCUCCGCCCUCAAACUCAUCACCUCUUUCGGGGAUCUGAGCGAAAAGCCCAGAUUCUAUUCACAGGGAGACGGCGGCCAGACUCCGAUCGCUGCCGGCGUGACCCCCAUUGCCGAUUCAGCCGUCUCUACAGCUGUCCAUGACGCAACGACGGCCCUUCUUCGCCCUUCUAGCAACAGCAGGUUCAACACGCCCACCUCUGCUCGUCCUGGUGGCUCCAGCUACGGGCGCGGUCGUCUUCCAUCCAUCGGGGAAACUUUUUCUGACCCGAAUUGUGAUGCUCUUCAAACUGCACAAACGAAGGCACAGGCGCCACAGGAAAGCCGGCAAGGCAGCAUGCGUAUGUUGGCUGCCGAACAAGACAAUCAAACGAUUGGCAUUUCAUCGCAACGAGCAGCGACAGCCAGUCCCAUGAUGAUGAUGAGGGACGGCUAUCGGAAAGUUGUGAGAAGCUGUGAUGGCGAACGACCACCGUCACCUAACCAAGACAUUCCGUCAACAAUGCAUGAAACCAGAUCUAAUCACAGGAACGGCUCCCGGGAUCGCAUUCCUAGAGGCAUAAACUUGGAGCUGGAGAAUUUGGAACAGCAAGCAAUGGUCGACGUCAACUGCCCAGACCCGUUCGUAUCGUCUUCUGCUCGCUUUCACUGGCCCUCUAGACGACGAGGUCCCGGCUCCGUUGCUAGCUCCAUCACCUCCAACUCAAGUGCUGGGAGAAGUCUUCGCGCGAAUCAAAGACAGCGGGACGAGUACAUUAACAGUUUCGAGGCCGCCCUCCAUUUCUCCAAGCGGAUUCGCAGCCACGGAGGGAGCAUUGAGAGGGCCAGGGAGUCGUCCCGUGAUGGCCAUGCAAGUCGAGAGAGGAGAGCAAAGUCGAGAGAGGCGUCGGAGAGACGAGGUAGAAGUUGCACGCGCGGAUGGACGAAGACAAAACAUUCACCUACAUCCCCCAUUCCCAUGUCUCCCGAGGAUCUUGCAAAAUUGUGCAUGCCCAAAUGCCUGGACAUUGGGGAACCGGUGAAUGCUGGUCAAAUCUUGGGGGGGCAAAGUUUCAAGACUGGCAGUCGAACCUCGAGCCCCGGGAUCCAACGUCGUAGCCCGGAUGGACGACCUCCUCUUCAAGAGGGCAUUUUACUUGGUAGGGGCAUAGGCCGCUAUGACGACGACGACGACGAUGACGCUCGCCAGAGCUCGCCACCUCCCCCGGUCCCUCUCUCUGCGAUUGCCGCCCUACACUAUCAAGGCUCUGAAGACGAGCAAGACUUCAAGAAGGCUAUGAUGGAGCAAGAAAUCUUCAGAGCCAAACAUGGCCGAAGCGUUAGCCGUGGGGGAAUUGGUGGCGGACUCGACGCUCCCAUGGUCGCCAAAGUCGAAUGGUCGGAGAGCUACCUGGCAGAGGCAGCCGAAGCCCCGGACAUGCUGUUCCCCGCCGUGUCUCAUGUACGGGCCGCUUCGACCGACCAGGCCGGUGACCUGCGAAAGAUGAAGGAUGAACGACAAAGAAAGAAGGAGCAGGCAGCUCGCGAACUGGAGGAGCGUCGAAAAUCCCUGGCCAAGCGUCCGCAGGCACCUCUGAUUCCGCAUCCAAACGAGUUCAACAACCCAGCGACACGCGACGGGGUCGAACUGGCAGAUGCUAGGGGCAACCGGGACCUUCCUCCUCGAUGCGCGACGGAGCCGCCAAAGAGCACGUGCGCCAUGAGCGGCCAACACGUGGGGCUCCCGGCAACUCCCAGGGCCAUGAGAUUGAUGAGGGAGGCGGAGAACAGUAGCAAGCUUACCAAGGACGCAUCAGAUGUUCCCCGCAUCUCACCUUUGUACAGCCAAAGUCAGCAUGAAGCCUCCAGGUCUUGCCCUAGAAACGAACCGGGCCUUGAAUCGUUGGCUUUGCUUCCCUCGACUGUUUAUCAGCCUCCUCCAAGGCUGGGGAUUCAUCGCAGCAUGUCUGCUCCGAUCCCCGAUGAGCCUGUUCAAGCUCGGUAUACCCGGAAAGCCAGCCUGGGUGGUGAAGUCAGGGGCAUCGAUGAGGUGAUGAAUAAUGGACAACGGCGCCGCUCCCAGGAAGAGCCGGUCCCUCCGCCCCCAGCUCCCCCAGCGCCUCCGUUGCUGAAAGAACUGCAGCAUUUGGCUAUGCCACCUCCACCUCCACCGGCGCCUUUGCCGCAUGCGAAACGCUCGAGUGAUGGAGGCGCCUUUGGUUCUGGCAUGAUUGAGAUUGUCAUGGACGACGACGACAUUGGCCCUGUCACAGCUGCUCCGAACGACGGCGUGGCUUCUGUCGCGCCACCAGCACCGCCGUCGCGAGGUCACAAUAGAGGCGGCAGUGCUGGUGACGGAGGCUUUCCAGGAAGGUUCUCCAAGACGGGCGAGCCCAUGGGAUCGGUCAGUCGCAGCCGCAAAGGUUCUGUAACAAGCACCCAAUCGCCGCCCUUGGAGACUGCCGCGGAUGCCGCGUUCCAUCAAGGCAACUGCACCCUCAGGUCACCGGUUACUAGCGUACCACCACCCAUAAUGUACGAUCCUGACGCCAUUCGAUCACCAAUCGAGCUCGGCGUAAAGCACGUGUCGACUGGUUUGGAUACAAGCGACAUGAUCUGA